CUCUCCCCGGCCGGAAAUAUUUCCCGGCGAAAAAUCUCCGGCGAGCGUUUCUCCUCAUUUUUGUUUUUCUGUUUUUAUUCCAUCUGUUUGUAUACAAUUUAGAUUUUUCUCGCCGGAAAAUCCAAACCCAGUUAAAAUUUCCGGCUGAAAACAUCAUCUCCAACUCCCCGGAGAUAAAGGGUUUUUUUUCGUUUUUGUUGUUUUAGCAGGAAAAGGUGUUUUUCUCGAGUACCCUUUUUGAAUUUUGAGAAAUUGGGGAUUGGCGAUGGCUGAUUCAGACAACGAAUCAGGAGGUCACAACAACGCGAACAGUGAAGGAUCAACAAGGGAGCAAGACAGGUUCCUUCCGAUAGCUAACGUGAGCAGAAUAAUGAAGAAAGCUUUACCGGCGAACGCGAAAAUUUCAAAGGAUGCUAAGGAAACAGUUCAAGAGUGUGUAUCGGAGUUUAUCAGUUUCAUUACCGGAGAAGCAUCGGAUAAGUGUCAGAGAGAGAAGAGGAAGACGAUUAACGGUGAUGAUUUGCUUUGGGCUAUGACGACUUUAGGAUUCGAAGAGUAUGUUGAGCCAUUGAAGAUUUACUUGGCCAAGUAUAGAGAAAUGGAAGGGGAAAAAACUACUAUGGGUCGUACAGGGGAGAAAGAUGGGGGUGGUGGAGACAUGGCCGGAGGUGGUGGUGGAGUUAGUUCUGGGGGUGGGUAUAACGGUGGUGGUGGUGGUGGUAUGUAUGGUGGUAUGGGUGGUUCAAUGAUGUAUCAUCCUCAAGGUGGUCAUCAAAUGUAUGGUAGUCAUGGGCCAUAUAAUCAUAUGGGUGGGGGUGGGGGUUCCGGUGGUGGAGGUUCCGGUCAAGGGCGGAGAUAAAAUAUAUAAACUUCAAAUUCUGACUCGAUACCGAGCCAAAGUAGGUGGGAGUUGUGGUGGUAGAGGAAGUUUCAGAAUAUUAUAAAUUUUAAAUUCUGACUCGAUGGCGGGUCAAAAGUAUAUGAUAAUUGUGGUGGUGGAGGCUUCAGAAUAGAAUAUUAUGAACUUUAAAUUCUGACUCAAUGACACGCCAAAGUAACGAUGAUUGUGAUGGUGGAAAUAUAUUAUAAACUUUAAAUUCUGACUUUGCGAUUUGAUUACAAAGCCAAGCAAGGUGUUACAAGAAGGUGAUGAUAAAUUUGGAAAAAUUUAAUCAAAAUUAAUCAUAUGAUGUAUCAUUGUGUUGAUAGCUAGUUCUAUUACUUUACUUAGGUCCUUUUUUUUUUAUAUAUAUAUAUAUAAUUUAUAUUUUUGAAGCACAUUGACAUGUGAAGUUUAAGGUAAUGCUUUAGCUUCUUUUUUUCUUUUGAAGUUGGGAGUAUUGGUAGUAAUGGGUUACAUGUGUAGUACUUUUGUGGAGAAAAGGAUAUUGUUGAUGAUUUUUAAUGGAGAAAAAAAGUAGUAAUAGUACUAUGUA